AUGCCUCCUCAAACAUCAAUGAGCAAUGGUCAGCAAUUGGAGGCCGCCAGAGAGCGCAUACUGCUUGAACACAUGGACAUCCGAUCAUUCUUCGGGCCUAAGGGGCAAACAAGCAAGUAUGCUGUAGGGUCCAAGUUCUUCAACAAUAAUGGGUCUGCUGAGAAGCGGAAAGAAAGUGUCACCACCGGCAAUGGGAAGGACGAGGACAACUUGCAACUUGAGGGCCCCACCAAGAGACCCCGUGUGGAGCCCCCAGCUGCCGACAUCUCCCCCCGCAAAGCCAGCUUGCAUCUUGAAAGAGUUGUGCCCGGCGCUGCUGGCACCUCCAACGGAGCCCAUCCAACACCAGACUCAGGCCUGAGACGCUCCACCCGCGCUUCCCCUCAGAAAGUAGCAGCCAGCCCAGUGCACCCAGUAACUCCAUCCCCCACUGAGAAAACAGAGCUCGAGGUGACCCCAGUCACAGGCUACAAGCCCUCCACGGCAAAUGGGCGAGGGCAAAGCAGCUCGUUUUCGCUAGAGACGGCCCCCCAAAGCACCUCUCAGCUGCAGAACGGGUUGUUAGCGUCUGAGCAUAAGAGAAUUGGCUCCAAUGAUGUGCUUCGAGAGAACGGGCUUGGCGGGAGUCCGAAUGCUGCACGGUUUCAGAAUGGGGUGCCAGGUGGAAGCAAUCUGCGACGGCCAUACAUGGGCGCGGCAGCCGCAGCAAUGGCAGCACAGCACAGCAGACCCGCCCCACUGCAGCCCGGCCCUUCUCACACCUCCGCCAGACCGCCAAAUCCACCACAGAGCCAGUCAGGGGGCCUUCUACAGCCACUGGCGCCGUGCAGUAUCGCUGUGGAUAAAGGAAAGGGCAAGGUGGUCGCGGCAGAAGGUCGGAAGGAGGCAAUCAACGAGCUGUGGACGACAAAGCACAGGCCUAGGAAGGUGGCGGAGCUGGUGGGGAAUGGGAACCAGAUCUACCGGUUGCGAGAAUGGCUGGUCAAGUGGGAGAGUCGCCACCUACAACCUGCACUUCCCAAGGGCGGAAAGAAAGGCGCCAGCGGCAGCGGAGGGGGCCGGGGCUGGGGGGGUGGAAAAAACAACGCCGAUGAUGAGAAGAAGGCCGCGCUGCUGAGUGGGCCCCCGGGGCUGGGGAAAACGAGCGCAGCGACCAUUUUGUGUGAAGAAAUGGGCUAUGAGGUGAUGGAGGUAAACGCAAGCGAUGCGCGUGGGAAAGCUGACAGGGACGUACAGAAGGGCAUGGGCGGGUCGACUUCCAACAUGGUCAAGGAGCUGAUUACUAACCGGUCGCUCUCGGGGAGCGGCAAGAAGCUCGCGCUCAUUAUGGACGAAGUAGACGGGAUGUCGGGCGGCGACCGAGGGGGUGUCCAGGACUUGAUUCAGAGCAUUCAGAAGAGCAAGAUUCCGAUCAUCUGCAUAUGCAAUGACAAGUACAACCAGAAGAUCAAGUCGCUAGUGGGGCACUGUAUGGAGUUGAACUUCCAGAAGCCGAACAAGCAGCAGAUUGCGCGGAGGCUCGCGGAGGUGGCCGGGAAAGAAGGCAUGCACGUUGAGGAGAGGGCGCUCGACGCACUGGUGGAGUCUGUGCAGUGCGACAUCCGGCUCGCGUUGAACCACCUGCAAUUCAUGCGUGUCCGCAGCACCUCCCUCAACUACUCGGACGUCCAGUCAAAGAUGCGGACCGGCGCUAAGGACGUCGACCUCUCACCUUUCAACGUCACCGACAGGCUCUUCUCCCCAUCCGCCGUCCAGCUGUCACUUUCGGACCAGAUCAAUCUCGCUUUCGCAGACGCAGACCUGCUGCCGCUCAUGGUGCAGGAGAACUACGUCAACUUCCGGCCGAGCCGGGGCGGGCUUGACCGGAUGGAUGCGCUUGCCUCGUGUUCCGAUUGGAUCAGCGACGGGGACCUCGUCAGCCGGCAAGUGCGCGGGCGCGGCCGCUGGGAUCUCAUGCCCUUUGGCUGCGUCACGUCCACCGUCGCGAGUUGUGCCCAUAUCCGUGGUCAACGGGAACCGCUGCUGCCGAAUGAGCGCAACUUCAACCGGUUCAGCGCGUGGCUGGGCAAGAAUUCGAGCGCCAACAAGAACAGCCGCAUCCUCUCGGAGCUGCAGACGCACAUGCUCGUCUCCGGCAACUGCUCCGCCUCCAGGAGCGCGGUCCGCCAGGACUACGUCCCCAUUCUGAGCGCUUUGCUGACGAUGCCGCUUCGAAAAUACGACAAGGACGGGGUGGAGCCGGUGAUCGAGCUGAUGAACGAGUACUCACUCACGCGGGAAGACUGGGGCAACAUGCUGGACCUGGGCAAGCUAGCGGGCAAAGGGGACCCCCUGGAGGGCGUGUCAGCGCAGGUGAAAGCCCAUUUUACGCGGCAGUGCACUGCUAACGCUGCACAGCACGCGGUCAAGUCGAGCGUCAUGCUGGACAUGGGGGCCAAAGCGGUCAAGCCACGUGUCAGGGCGGGGGCAGCCGAAGGCGCGCCAGCAGAAAACGACGUGGUGGCAGUGGACGAUGGUGCUAUUGCAUUGGAAGAUGAGGGAGAGGAGGACGCACAAGGAGCAGAAGUGCAGGACGCUGCUGCGAUCCCGGGGGUCAAGCGAAAAGCUGCGUCCCAAGCAAAGGGAAAGGCGAAGGUGGCACGAAAAGAAAGCAAGGCGCCAGCAGCACCAAGAGGCAAGGGCAAGAAGAAGGCAUGAGCGGUUUUGCAGCGGCUGCAAGUAUGCCGGUAUUCUCCAAGAUCACGCAGUGAUGGUCAUGAAGCACCUGCAGGGAGGAAUCCUUGUGCUCGGCUGUUACCGUAUCAUGCAGUUUUUUGGCCAUUCCUGGUGCUACUUAGACAUGGCAUGGCGAACAAAUUUCUAAACGGUUGUAAGGGCAAGGGCUGUAAUGACCAUGCAUGAUACAUAUCAGUUCUGCAAAACCACUUGGUUGAUACUGAUGCAGAAUAUGAUACUAUUCACACCUCCAGACCGC